AUGAAGCACGUCCGACAGCACGUCCACAAGUUUGCAAGCGGCCGCGCUUCCGGCUACGGAGCCGCCUACACGCUGCCUGUAUUCGUGACGGUAGCGGCCAUCUCGCUGUGGGUAAACGCGAUCCACUUGCAAUGGCUCGGACUCGCACACGUCGUGCUGCUAACUAAAUUGGUGCUGCUGCUAGCGGUGCACGAACUGCUCCGACCCUUUUGCCUCUCGUUCAGAGGUGUCUGUAUCUUAGCGGCUCAUGUUGGUUCAGCAGCCAAUGUUGCCGUGCUGCAGUUUGUCAGGCGAGGACUGCAUCCAAAAUUCUUGGAGUGGACACUCUGGUACGAGUGGUUCCAAGCCAUCGCGUUCACUGCCGGUCAACGGAACGGCGGUCACAUCCUUAAAAUGCCCAACGCAGUGGCAUUCCGACGCAACUUCGAGCUCAUUGGACGGCUGCUGGGGACAUGGGCGUGCUUGCGUCACGGCAACAAACUCGAGAGCUUCCGAUAUAACGGGCUCGAGCAUCUAUGGCUGCGUUCUAAAUCCAACAACAAGAAGAUGGAGAGCAAGAGACGGAUCGUGAUACUGUAUUACCAUGGCGGAGGCUACGCUCUCUUCAGCCCACGCUUCUACGUGGAGUUCGCGAAUCGCCUGCUGACUCAAGUCCAGAGCCAGCUUCGAGCUGUUUGUCAGGAUUCCAACGACUCCAUGGACGUGCAGAUUUUGCUCGCUAACUACCGAAAGCUACCCGAGGUUUGCUUUCCUACGCCUCUGGAUGACGCUAUGGUCAUGUUUGACUACCUUGUCAAGCACGAGAAGGUCUCACCACGGAACAUCAUUAUGGCUGGCGACAGUGCUGGCGGUGGCUUAGUGCUCGCUACGCUACUGAGACUACGUCGAAUGAGGCGUGACAUGCCUCUCGCGGCAUUGUGCAGCUGCCCGUACGCAGACUUGUCAUCCGACGUGGCCGUGUCGGAGCACUGCUACAUCUCCAAGUCCAUGCUGGAUGCCAUCCGAGACUUGUGUGUCCAGGAGACUCCGUGGUCUUCGUGGCGUGAAGGCGCCAUGCUGCAGACAGAUCUGCAUGGACUGCCCCCGCUGUUCAUCCAGACGGCAGAGUUCGACAUCUUGCAUCAGCAAUCACUGCAGCUCGCCAAGAACGCCAAAUCCGGUAGCGUGCACGUGGAAUUGGACGUCCAUAAGCACAUGCCUCACGUGUUCACUCUCUUCCCUCACUUCAUCAUGCCACAGUCGUCCGUCGGUAUCAAGAGGCUCGCUGCUUUCGUCUCGCGGCAGGUGACAGCUUAUCGAUUUCCUGUACAACUUCCAAUGGCAGCUCCAGCAUUCUGA